UUUUAUCUCCGGUUGGAAUCCUUUCGCAAGAUCCUUCUUUGAAAUCAAUUUGUUUCUCCUGCGACACGCCAAUCGCUGGUUUGGUCUCCUCUUUUGAGGGUUCCGAAAACCCUAGUUUUCUUCCAGAAAAUCUUGGCAGGUAAUUCUCUUCAAGAUUACUCUUGUUUAACAUGGCUUGUUCAGAUGCUGAGGGAAAUGGUGAAUGGAUUGAGAGAGUGAAAACUAAAGGUGCAGUUCCACUUUUGGAUCCAGAGAAUUGUCCCAAUGGUUGGGCUACCCCACCAGGUGACAAGUUUAUGGUCAGAGGUCCUGAUUACUUGUCAAAUAAGGUGAAAAUUCCCGGUGGGGAAUACCUUCUGAAGCCUCUUGGAUUUGAUUGGAUCAAAGGUUCAACGAAAAUUAGUGAGGUAUUGAACAAUCAAAACCAUCGUGUGAGGAAAGCUGUCGAUGAUGAAGUUGUUGCUGGUGGCAGACCCUUUGUCUGGGCUUUCAAUUUGCAAAUCCCAUGCAAAGAUAAUUACAGUGCUAUUGCUUAUUUCUUCUCACCUGAUUCGGUAGAAGAGGGAUCUCUUAUGGAUAAAUUUCUAAAGGGUGAUGAUUCUUUCCGGAAUUCAAGGCUUAAAUUGAUAGCGAACAUUGUAAAAGGUCCUUGGAUUGUCCGGACUGCUGUAGGUGAGCAGGCCAUCUGUAUAUUAGGAAGAGCACUUACCUGCAAGUAUGUUUUUGGUGCAAAUUUCAUUGAAGUAGAUGUCGAUAUCGGAUCAUCAAUGGUUGCUAAUGCUAUUGUCCACUUGGCGUUUGGUUCUGUCACUACAUUAACUGUAGAUUUGGCAUUUCUCAUUGAGAGCCAAACAGAGUUGGAGCUCCCGGAAAGAAUUCUGGGAGCUGUAAGAUUCUCAGAACUAAAUCCGGCUUCUGCUGCCCUCUAUGAGCCACAAUCUGAAGAAAGUUUUGAAACCCCGCAAUCACCUCUUCCGUUGAGAUUGUGGAAAUCGAUCGGGCAAGGUUUCUCAAACCUGCUACACACAGGUAAUCAAGAUAGUCCAACCUCCCCAGAAGCUGUCAAUGGCAGUCCAGUUGGUGAAGAUGGCAUUGAAAAUAUGAACAACACAACAAGAAAUGAUCCUUGAUUGCUUAUCCUCCAAGAACUCACCUUGCUGAUCAAUCAGUCACAUGUAAUGUUAAUUUUCUUCAAAUUGAUUUGGCAAAGAAUCCCUGUGCUUUUGUACGUUAUUUUGUGAUGAUUUACUCAUUCUAGGUUUAGAUUCAGAACAUUGAAUUAUUCAGUGCAUUAUUAUGUACAAAAUCCCCCCCAAAAAAAAAAGUUUGUUUA